CCCGAACUUUAUUUGUUUAACGUGAAGUUGAGGGACUCUGGGUUUUGUUCAUUUAAAAAAAUGGUGGAAAACUAGAAGAGGAAAAAUGUCCGUGGAAAUAAAGCAGGACCCGAUGCCUCCGUAGAUCUGUCGCGGUGCCAAAAAUCGCUCGGUCGUAUUUUCCGUGAGCAGAACAAGAAGACGGAGGUGUUCUCGCAAUGUGGAGCUGCAUGGUUUAUAAUAAGACGGAAGGCGGUGCGGAACUGGCUCUAUGCCAAGAUGUGGGCCUUACCCUGUCAAUAUUCUCCCUUCUUUACCUCAUCGUGUGCUUUCCAGUGGCCCUCUGCUACAAUGCCCUGCUGGUUGUGGUGAACCUCUCUAACAAAGUGUCCAUGACCAUGCCCGACGUCUACUUUGUAAACAUGGCCAUUGCUGGUCUGGUGCUAAACCUGGUGGCUCCCAUUGAGCUCCUGGGUCCAGAUUUUAUUCUCUGGCCUGCUUGGGAGCCCAACGACGAGGUUUACAUCACCCUUCUGAUCCUGUUUAACAUCUCCUCCCUGGUCAUCAUGUAUUCAACGGCAUUGCUCAGCCUGGACUACUACAUAGAGCGGGCACUGCCGCGCACCUACAUGUCCAGCGUCUAUAACACUAAGCACGUCUGCGGCUUCAUCUGGGGCGGUGCCGUGCUCACAAGCUUCUCCUCCCUGCUCUUCUACGUGUGCAACCACGUCUCAGCCAAGAUCCUGGAGUGCUCCAAGAUGCAGAACAAAGAAGCAGCCGACGCCAUCAUGACGCUCAUCGGCUAUGCCGUACCGGCCGCCGCCGUACUGUAUGCGCUCUGCCUCAUCCUGCGUAUUCGCAAAGAGUCCACACCGUUGGACCAGGACUCAGGAAGGAUGGAUCCAUCCAUUCACAGGCUGCUUCUGGCCUGCGUGGCCAUCCAGUUUGUGCUCUGGACACCUUACUACACCACCCUGCUGGUGCUGACGGUGGCUGAGGCACCUGGUAUGCGACCCGGUGGAACCUACGCCUUCUUGAGGAGCUUUUCAUUGCUGCUGGCGUUUACCAGCAGCUUUGCCAUGCCGCUCAUGUACAGAAAGAUGAACAAAAACUUCGCCCAUAAGCUCCAGCGCCUGUUAAAGAGGUUGCAUUGUGGGAAAAAGUCAUGCCCUCACGAACGGUCUGUCAUACAGCAAGUGAUCACGUGAGGUCUCGCGUAGGAUCUUUAUUUCUCCUCAUUGGCACUUGCUGCACAACCCACAGACCUCCGGAAUGUGCCUGUAAACUGUGAAACUGGAACCUCCCAACGUCAGUUUUAACUUUUUAACCAGUUGCCUUUGGUGACAUUCGGACUUUAUUGUGUCCAUUGUUGUGGAAAACAAGGAUGACCAAGAAGAAACCACUAGAUGUUUUUGUGGAAGCUGUCUUAAUUAUUUUUUAAAUAUCAUACCAAGCUAACUGCCCAUUUUCAAGAACUUGAACGUGUGUGUGGUAGAAGUCUGUUACAGUAAACCUACUAAUGUGAUGACCAAUCAGAACUCAUUUAUCCUAGGGCAGCAAAAAAAUGCUUGAGGUUACCCACAAUGCUUUAAACUCCUUGGUGAUGGAUUAGAAUUAAUGCCUAGUGCACACUGCAUGAUUUUAGGUCCGAUUUUUACUCAGAGUAGGUAGGCGCAUAAACUUGGCUUAUGCCACUUGUGUUAGGGGAGUGGUUUAGCAACAUUAUUCACUCACUCACUCACUUUCUUAAGCGCUGGAGCCUAUCCCAGCUUUUCAAUGGGCGCAAGGCACACAGUAACACCCUUGACGGGGCGCCAGUCCAUCGCAAGGCAGACACACACACACACCCAUUCACCUAUAGGGCAAUUCAGUGUCUUCAAUUGACCUGACUGCAUGUUUUUGGACUGUGGGUGGAAACCGGAGCUCCCGUAGGAAACCCACACAGACACAGGGAGAACAUGCAAACUCAACACAGAAGGAGAAGGACCCGGACCGCACCUCCUGGGGAAACAUUAUUCAUCCAGUUGCUAAUCAGUUGCAGGGUCUCCAAUGUUUUCCAACUUGUAAUAAGCAACAGCCAAUGAGAGUGUUAGGAAAACUCUCAGGGAGUAAGACUACAAGAAACAGAACAGCAGCAGAUAAAAUAGUGAUGUAAUACAAUAUACUUGACCGAAUCAUUAACUUAGAUCACUAUUCUAGUGUAUGUCACCUAAUAUGCCUUGUGUCGCUUUAUCCUGGUCAUGGUUGUAGUGUGUCCGGAUUUCACAGAAUCACUGGACGCAAUGCAGUAACACCACAGACCCACAGACAGCAUGGUAGUUCAUCGCAGGGCCUUGGCCACCUUUUUUAACAUUGCAAGUCAUGUCUGAAUGACCAAUAGCACCACUGGGGAUUCGAAAGAAAAUGCUUUAACAACCCUUGUAUGCUUUUUGUCGCCGGUAUUGUUAGGACCAUAAGCUAUGUGUGUGUGUGUGUGUAUGCGUGUGUGCGUGUGUGCUGGGCUUAGUGUACACUGUUAGACUAAUAUAGGCCAACGGGCAUUACCUGGGAAUGUGCCAUCUAUGCACAAAUUACCCAGAGCUAUUACAUAGAACUGCAAAAAAAAAAAAGUGUUGUGUGUGUGUUCUGCUUCUCAUUUGCUUUGCUGCUCAAGCCUUUUAAACAGAAGGUCAUGAUUAAAAAUAAAUAUAUGUUGAGUCCAUGAGCAGAUUUAAAGUGUACCCCCCCCCCGUCUUCCCAGCUAAUCUACUACCAUUAUGAUUAUUCUAGUUUAAAUCAAAAUCAGGUUCAUUUAUUUUCUCAAGUCAUUAAAUAAAGAUUAUAUAUAUAUAUAUAUACACUGAUCAGCCAUAACAUUAACAUUAUAACAGAAUGAUCCACCACCCAAAUAAUACCUGCUCUGUGGUGGUCCUGGGAGAGUCCUGACCAUUGAAGAACAGCAUGAAAGGGAGCUAACAAAGCAUGCAGAGAAACAGAUGAACUACAGUCAGUAAUUGUAGAACUACAAAGUGCUUCUAUAUAGUAAGUGGAGCUGAUAAAAUGGACAGUAAGUGUAGAAACAAGGAGGUGGUUUUAAUAUUAUGGUUGAUCAGUGUGUCAGAUCAGUAUAUAUAUAAUUAAUCUGAUGAAUAAAUAGAUGUGAUCCAGUCCUAAUUAGCAGUUAACCAUGUUGCUAUAUUAAUAUUUCAGGCAGUUGAUAGUGGAGUCGGAAAGCUCCUUCCUUUCAGCUAUUUUCAUUAUUCAUGAAGUGCAGUUUCUGAGCUACAGUAAGAAAGGUUGGCUAAUGUUCCUGUAAUUAUUCACAUCAAUGUUGUAGAUUUUCUUAUGUUUCUUUUAUCGUAACAUACAUCUGCAUAUCAGAUCUGCAGGAAACUCUAACCUCAGUUAAUAAUCCUAUUAGUUUGACAGAAGUUCAAGUGGUUACAGUCAACUAUUUUAAAAGCAAAUAUUGGCAAGUUAAACCAUUUUAGCUUAAACAAAAACUGGAUGCUUAACAAAAAUGACAAAUUACAGAACAGCUUUUUAAAUCCACACAGAGAAAAUGUGAGCACCAGGACCGUGCUGCUUGCAUCAUUUUUACCUUUAAAGAAUUCCUCUUCCUAACAUUGUGGUUUGAGCCAAUGGACUUUUUUUAAAAGAAUAUAUAUUUUUUAAAAAGAACGUACUGUACGUGUAUUGACGGAAAAUAUUAUCAUUUAAAAUCCAUUUACUUAAGCAGAGCGAAGAAUGUAUUUAAGUUUAGUUAGCUAAUCUUUAAACAAAUAACAGUUGCAAAGCUUUGCUAUUGUUAGUGUUUACGCCAGUAUAAAUGUAUAAUAUAAAAUAUGUGUAUAUAUUGUAUUUCAGAGAUUCUACUGGAAUAGACACUAUGACAUUUCAGAAUUACAGUGUUACUUUGUAGAAAUGUAUUUAGUUACUGUUGUAUCAGCAAUCCUUUCCCGUAUUGAGUCAGAAGAUAAUAAACUAACAGAAAUGUAA